ACUAUCUCUUCCCCUUUGGAGACGGCGCCAACUGCCGCCUCCCGCCACCGCGCUGCCGCCUCCGCAUCACAGGAUCCUUCUUCCCCAAUUUCUUUCCCAGAUCGAGCAAAACAGAGAAACCUGGGGUAGGGAGAGAUGGCGCCGCGGGGCUGCACACUGGGAAGGCGCUCCAAGGGAUGAGAUCUUGCUCUGGGGAGGGAGCGGAGCGGGAGGGGCAUGCGUUCGUCACCGCCGUGGGCAUGCUGGCCGCUGCUUGCUGCUGGAGGGGAUGACGGCGGGCGUCAACUCUUGGCAGAGCAGAGAGGGAGAAGCAGGUGUCGACGCCGGCGUGAGCACGCUGGCCGCCGCUGCUCGAGGGGAAGACCGUGGUCGGGUCGUCUGGAGGAAAAAAGCGAGAGAGAGAGAGAGACGACAAAGAGCAGAGAUAUGAGAGAUGCUUCGGGUGAUGAGAGAUUGAGGGAGAGAUGGGAGAGGCUUCGGCUGAGAUGAGUGAGAUUACUACUCGUAUUUUCUUCUGUUGGAGAUAGAUUGAGAGAGGGAUGCUUCAGGUGAGACAAGGGGGUGCUGAUUAGUGUAUGAUUGAGAGAAUGCUUGCUGCUGCUAUUCGUGCUUGCCGCCCAAGAGAACUUGCUAGAAUUUUGUUGUUUGUUAUUGCAGAUUGCUGUGAUGGAGAAUCAGCGUUAUUUUAAUCUUUUGCAAAACGAUCUCAGAUUGAAGAUUUGCACUGGACUGAAGAACAAUGCUGAAAUCUCGAAGGUCCCGAAGAACCUACCCCUCCUGUGAUGUUGGAGACGUAGCUGUUCAGUUUCAAAUGGUAGUUAUAGGAUAUUGUCAAAAUAUAGAACAAGGAAGAUGUUUUAGGGGAACUGCUGGAGUUUGAUAACUUAGGGGGGGUGGGGGUGGGGGGUCUUUUUAGGAGAGUCCCCAGUUUUGAGAUGUAGGAAAAGAAUUAAGGGAACUGCUGGACUUGCCCUAACCUAGCUUAUUUUCUGUUCUCCCUUUUGGCUUCGUUUUAUUUUCUCCUUUGAUUUUCGUUUAUAGGUCUAGUUAGCCGCCUAGUUAUUUGUUUUUGCUAUCUGCCUGCAGUUUUGUUUGUUUUGUUUGUCAUUGUAGGUUUGGCGUCUUCUUCUAAUAAUUUGUUUUGUUCUAGUUCUAAGAUCUGAUAUACGUAGUUAUCAUGUUUGUCCCAGAUGCGGGCUUCCCACUUCAUGAAUCAAUCAAGGUGCACUACCAUAAAAAAGAACUCUAAAAAAAAAAAGGGCAACCUGGUGCAUGUAGCUCCCGCUUGCGCAGGGUCCAGGGAAGGGUCCGACCACUUUGGGUCUAUAGUACGCAGUCUUUCCCUACAUUUCUGUAAGAGGCUGUUUCCAGGACUUGAACCCAUGACCUCAUGGUCACAAGGCAGCAGCUUUACCACUGCGCCAAGGCUCCCCUUCAUAAAAAAGAACUCUGCUCGAAAAAAAAUAUUGGAUUAUGAGCUAACUUGCAAAAUGUUGCUCUCAGGAUGAUGGCAUACUAUUGACAGCAAUCUGUGCUAGUGGUUGGUACUUGUGGACUUUUAGUCACAUGUACCUCCUUUUCUACUUCGAUGUUAGUGUAUGUAUUUUGUACAGUCGAAAUUUUACUUCGUAGAAAAUAGCAAAUAGAAGCAAUGUAAUUCAAAUAAAUGCUGGUAGUGGGUAAUGAUGGGAUAAAAUAGGCCAGAAUCUUUGAUUGAUCCUGCCGAUGCUGUCAGUCCUCUGAAUAUGAAUAUCCACCUUCUAUUUAUACCCCUCUUAUUCUGAGGCAUGCAAGAGGCAGGCAGACAAGCAGUAGUGAUCUGAAGAGGGAAGAAGAAGCGCCAUGGCACUUGGAGUCUUUGUGAAUUGGAGGGGAAACACCAUCAACGAAGAGGUGCAUGGCGGAGUCAGAGCAGCAUGGUUUUUGUAUGUUCUGACUGUGGUAACAAACGUGGUUAUUGUCCCAAACUUGUUGAAUAUGGUUACUUAUCUCCAUGGAACAAUGCAUAUGGGGGUUUCGGGCUCGGUGACUACAGCUGCUAACUUUUUUGGCGCCACAUCCGGGUUUGCAAUGAUUGGAGCUUUCCUCUCUGACUCCUACAUAACUCGGGCCCGAACCAUGCUCCUCAUCGGUCCAUUUAUGUUUCUGGGAUACGGAUUGCUUGCACUGCAAGCCUACCUACCCUCCCUCCAUCCACCCCCUUGCAAUACUGAAGCAGAGCUAAACAAUUGCAAACAAGUCCAUGGCAAGAACGCUGCCUUGUUGUACGUAGGCUUGUAUCUGAGUGCAGUUGGUGAUGGUUGUAUACGGUCUUGCUUGCCGUCCCUUGGAGCAGACCAAUUUGACCAUGAAGAUCCCAAAGAGUCCCAUCAGCAGUCCAGCUUCUUUAACUGGUAUACCUUCGGAAUCUCUUUUGGAGGUUUCGUAGGGCUGAUUCUCAUAGUGUGGCUCCAGAACUACAAAGGGUGGGAUAUCGCACUAGGGUUGUGUGCCGUCAUAGUUCUGCUCGGAUUGCUCGUAGUUGCUGCUGGUCUCCCUUUCUACCGCAACCAAGUACCACAAGGAAGUCCUUUGACUCGAAUACUGCAGGUUCUUGUGGUUGCAUUUCGCAACAGGAAGACUGAAGUUGGUGAGGGGCUAGAAGCGCAUGAAAUGAGUAUUGAGGUGGGGACAGGUUACAUUGGCUCACUCUCUCAAACAAAUAGUCUGAAAUUUCUCGAUAAAGCUUGCAUCAACCGUGGCAAAAAGGGAGACUGGUCGGUCUGCAGUGUGACCAAGGUGGAGGAGACCAAGAUUGUGCUCCGCUUUCUUCCCAUCUUCAUCAGCUCCGUGAUUGGAUACAUAUCCAACAUCAUCCUCUUCACGUUCACCGUGCAGCAAGGUGGCUUGACCAACACAAGGCUUGGCAAGAUCCACGUUUCUCCGGCGACACUCUUCAUCAUCCCCAUCAUAUUCCAGAUGUUGAUGCUUGCAAUCUAUGAUCAGUUCAUCGUGCCAUUCUUGCGAAGGCGCACGGGCUACAGCGGCGGCAUCACUCACUUGCAGCGCAUCGGCAUAGGCUUUGCCUCCAUGAUACUUGCAUGCAUCAUCGCGGCGGUCGUCGAGAAAAAGAGGAAGGAAGCUACAGUGCAAAUGUCCCUCUUCUGGCUCGCACCUCAGUUCUUCCUGCUCGGCGUCUCGGACGUGACAUCGUUCACUGGCCUCCUUGAGUUCUUCAACAGUGAAGCACCACGGGGUAUGAAGUCGAUCGGCACGGCGUUGUUCUGGUGUGAUCUCGGGCUCGCGCCGUUGAUGGCCACGUUCCUGGUGGAUGCUGUGAACGGGGCGACAAGGCAUGGUCACCGGGUAGGCUGGCUCGAGGGCGCAAGCUUGAACACUAGUCAUCUUGACUGGUUCUACUGGGUUGUGGCUGUCGUCGGAUUGCUCGGCUUCUUCAACUACCUGUACUGGGCCAACAAGUAUGUGUACCAGAACAAUCAACGCGUUGCUAAUGUUGCGCCAACGGUUGAUCAGGACUCGCCUUGAUAUAUCACAUAUGCAUGGUAUAUUAGUAGUACUACUUCGGAAAAGAGAAGGACGUUUGAUUCCCUAUGUGUCUAUGUCUUGGAUUAGUCAAGAGUAACGUACAAGCCUGUACUAGUAUUCUGCUGUCAUACGUGUGCCUGAUUGUUUCCAGUUGAU